UGGUAUCAAGUUUCGUAUGGCGUCUUCAGUUCUUUAAUAUGAAAGGUUGAUGUUUGUGAUUAGGUCACUGAUUUCGUAGUGAACUUAUAUUCUGAUCCAAAGUGCUCAGUGCUCUACAGAUUAGAUCGAAUCAUCGGUUCUUACCCCAUUUCAAUUUGAAUUUGUUGAAAAGCAAUCAAGAUGCAAAAUAUUUGUAGGACUUGCUUAACCCCAACAGCGGGUAAUACCACUUAUUCAGUAUCUGCAACGCUUUGCUUGAACGAGUCUGAAGAAAUGAUUUCGGUUAAGAAAAUGCUCAGAUAUUGCGUUCCCGAAAUGGCUCUGGAUAUGAUCCAGGAAUCAAUAAUUUGUCAUAACUGCUUGAUGGCCUUGAGUGCUUCUUUUCAAUUCAAAACAAACUGUUUGAAAAACGAGAAAAGACUUCAGUGUUUUAUAAGUUCCUCCACAAAAAAUUUGAAUUUUGGUAAAAUCUUCAAUGAUCAAGAUGGACAUCCAGAUUACAAUAUAUCCAAAAUACACACUUGUUGUGUAUGCCAGAAAACUUUUGUGUCUGAAACUUUUCUGAAAAAGCACAUAAAAACACACGAAAACCAAAUCAAAUAUGAAUGUGGAGUUUGUGGGAAAAUAUUUACAGAACCAGUACGACUGAAAGUACAUAUUCUAACACAUGGAGAAAAGGAACAGCAAAGUGGAAGUUCCCAAGAUGAAGCAGAUUUUGAUGACAGUGUUUCAUCAAAAAUCGCCCCCUUUAUGCUUGCUACUUCACAGAAUCUUGAAAACUCGGGAAAUUUUGAAGUUGUCAAUGUAUUGGAAAACAAGGAUGAUCAGUACAAAGCAGAAACACGUAAAAUUUGGACAGAUGAAGAGACCCUCCAUUUCCUUAAUUUGUGUAAACGACAUGUAAAGGAUAUGUAUCAAGGACCAAAGAAGUCUUUAUGGUCGUUGAUAUCAAAAAAAUUGGCAUCUAAAAAUAUACAUGUAUCCUUAGACCAGUGCGAAUCGAAAUGGAAAAACCUCAUUCGUACUUAUAAUCUGGUCAAAGCAAAAUUGACCAAAGAUCCGAAGGCCCAGACAAAAUUUCACUACUUGUUCGAGUUCGACGAGCUCAUGUCGAUGUUAGAAAAAGUCCGACCGCGAUCUAAAAGCGAAGACUGCGACGAGGACAAUUACCAGGAGGGCUUUCAUGGCUUUGACGGUUUUGAGAACGGCAACGAUGACACGAUCAUCAUCGACUACGAUGAUGGUAGAGGUGACAAUGACGGGGACACCGACCACAGCGAUGAAGUCGCAGAGGACGACAACGCAAAAAUAUGGACGAGUGAGGAGACGUUCGCACUCCUGGAUGCCAUUAGGCAGAAGAAAGAAGAAAUGGGAAACGACAAAUCGCCUCGCUUUUGGGACUCCAUCGCCAACGAUUUGUGCAAAUACAACUACUAUGCGACACCAUAUCAAUGCGAUACAAAAUGGAAGUCGCUGAAACGGACACAUCGGAAAGUUAAGGAGCGCAUAUUAGAUACGAAGGUGACCACGACGAAAUUCUCCUAUUUUAGUUUAGUCGAUGAAAUAAUACGUAACGAAGAAGUGUUUGAAAUGGACAAGGAUACAAAGUCGUUGCAAAAAAUUCUGGAAAGCACGAUGGAUGAUGACGACGAUGAUGAUGACUCUCGCGAAGUGUUUGCAAAAAAAAUAAAACUGGAUGAGGAUAAGGACAUUGUACAGUCAAGUUAAUUAGUGAAAAGUUCAUGAGUGUGAAAGACUAUUAAUAAUAAAAUUUAUAUUU